UCGUGAUAGGGAAAUAUACAGAGGAAAGGGAACACACAGAAAGACAGAGAUAGAGCAUUUCUGAAACCCUAGCUACCAGUACUCCACCCCCAAUUUCACCAUACAAGUUUGUCUAAAAAAUUUCCAUGCAUUUAAGCUCAUAUUUAAGGAAAAAUAUUUGAGAAAGCUCUCCGGAUAAGAAUGCUAAUACACAUUUUGUUGGGAUUCAAGAUCGUAUCAUUUUGGGAAGCACUGAUAAAUAGUGCAAGGUGGUUUCUGGUUCACAUCUUCUAAAGUUUAGUUGCAGUAUCACUGUCAAAUGUCAGAAGGUGUCAUGGCGGUAGUCAAACCUGAGAUGAAGUCUUACAUCUGGCUUCAAACCGCUGAUGGCUCAAUCCAACAAGUAGAAGAAGAGGUUGCCAUGUUUUGUCCCAUGAUCUGCCGAGAAAUACUGCAGACAGGAAUGGGAUCUUCCAAAAAUUAUGCUAUAUCACUUCCUCAACGAGUUAACCCUGCCAUUUUGGGCUUAAUACUUGACUAUUGCCGGUUUCAUCAAGUACCAGGUCGCUCUAAUAAGGAACGCAAAACUUUUGACGAGAAAUUUAUUCGAAUGGAUACAAAAAAGUUAUGUGAGUUGACAUCUGCUGCUGACAGCCUCCAAUUGAAGCCUUUGGUUGAUCUCACUAGCCGAGCACUUGCUCGAAUUAUUGAAGGAAAAACACCUGAGGAGAUACGUGAGACAUUCCAUUUACCUGAUGAUCUCACCGAGGAGGAGAAGUUGGAACCUUUGAGAAACAUAACUGAUGAUCCACGUAUCCGGCUUCUUAAUCGGUUAUAUGCUAGAAAGAGGAAAGAAUUAAAAGAGAGAGAGAAACUGAAGAAUGUUGAGGUUGAGGAAGAGCGUGUCGAUGAACGUUCAGUCGAUGACCUCUUGACUUUUAUAAAUGGUGGAAGUGGAGAGUCAAAGGGGGUUAAGACCAAUAAGAAUAAAAAGAAAAAUCGGAGAAGAAAAGAUCAUCCAAAAGACUCUUCAACCAGUGUAAAUGGAAGCCAUAAUAAGGACUUGGAUGCUCUUUCUUCUGAUUACCAUGAUGUUGACAUUAUCAAUGUUGAGUCGCCAUCUCCCAGUUCUUCAAAGUUGCUAGAUUCUACAUCAGUUACCUUUUCACCAAAGCUUGAGUUUGAUGAUUGUGAUAUUGAUGAUGAUUUAGAUCCCGCCAUGAAGGAGGAGCUUGACAGGGAAGUGGAGGAUUUUGCACGAAGAUUAAACUCAGAUUGGCCAGAAAGAAUGCAGGAAAUUUUAUCAUUGGGCCAAGAAAGGAAGCUUGCACCUAUAAAUAUAAAUGGCAAUGGCUCUGCGCAUAGAUAUACAAGUUUGGACAGGAGAUAAUGAGAGGAUUAUUUAAUCAUAAUGUCCAGCAACUCGAGUGAUUGGAAGAGAAGCUACCCAUGGGGUUUGCUGCUGCAGAAGCUUAAAAGAGGGAGCAGUGUUUUUGGUGUUGACGGCAUGUGAGUAUAUUUGUUUGUUUUUCCAUCACCAAAUGCAAUUUUCGUUCUGUGGCAUCUUCUAUGUUGAAGAAAGGAAAGAGACAGAUGUUUAAAAAAAGAAAGGAACUCGGAGGCUACAAUAGGAGCAAAGUUUCCUCGUUGUCUCGAGAGCUUAUUUUCUCUUUUUGGUUGUUUAAGAGGAACUAAUUUCCUCUGUUUUGCCUUGAGCCAUUGUUGCUGGCUGUCUUCUGUACUUUCUUGAAAUGAUGCUGAAUUUACAGAUGUACCUUUUUCAUUUUCAUUUCUUAUAGGCCCCAUUUGGCUUUGGAAAGUCUUACGAGAAGUUGUAAGUUCUUAAGUUAAUGUAAUGAAAUUGAAAUGCAAAAUAAAGGUUAUUCAAAA